CAUAUCAUGCACAUCGUAUUUCGAUACACAAAGCCAUACUUGCAGCACGGUUUUUGAAACGUCAAAGUAAGCGAUGAUGAGUCUCCUCCAGCAGUAUCAAGAAGCCGCAACAUGGUUGGCAUCUGCCGCUGAAGAGUGCCAGAAGACCAGUAAUGUUGACUUACAGCAUCUCAUCACUAGCUGUGAGAACUGCAAGAUGUUGGUAGGCAGAGUGAAGGAGAUGGACACCAAUGCAAUCAGACAGGCUGCCUUGCAACAACUGGAUAUCACCCUGAAUGACCAUCUUGAGAUAUUGAGAGCUAAGAAGGAUCAGCUGGAUGCAGGAGGAGAAACCAGCAAUAAGAGGAAACAACAGAAAGAUGAGAAAACAGCAGAUGCAAGAAGCACAGACACCCACUCCCAGAGCCGUACAUUAGCCAUAGAGGAUACCAUUGUUAGGAAGGGAACUGUGAGCUUCAGUGAUGUGGCUGGUCUGACACAGGCUAAACAAAUCCUAAGGGAAGCCAUCGUCAUGCCUCUGCAGUAUCCUCAACUGUUUACAGGUGCCAGGAAACCAUGGAAACGCAUCCUUCUCUAUGGUCCACCCGGUACUGGCAAGUCAAGGCUGGCCCAGGCUGUGUCAUCAGAAAUCAGCUCCACAUUCUACUGUGUGUCUAGCUCUGAUCUAGUCUCAAGCUGGGUUGGGGAAAGUGAAAAAUUAAUCAAAGAGCUUUUUGUGCAUGCCACACAACAAGAAGGAAGAUCGGUCAUCUUCAUUGAUGAGAUUGACAGCAUCUGUCGCAUCCGCAGCUCCCGAGAGGAGGAGCACACCAGACGCAUCAAGACCGAGCUCCUUCGCCAGAUGGAGAGUGCCGACAAUGGCCGGGAGUCAGAACAGUUCUUCUUGCUGUGUGCCACCAACAGGCCUUGGGAGCUAGACACAGCAUUCCUAAGACGCUUCCAGAAACGAGUCUAUGUACCCCUUCCAGACAGAGAAGCCCGUAUUGCUAUCCUCAAGAUUCACGCGUCUUGUAACCUGACUCUCAGUGACUCAGACAUACAGGCUUUUGCUGACCGCACUGAGGGUUACUCUGGGAGUGACCUAUCCAAUGUCAUCCUGACAGCCCUCUUUGAACCAAUCAGGGACAUCCAGACAGCAACCCACUGGAUGAAGGGAAUCGAUGGUAAAUUCACACCUUGUGAUGACGAUACUCCUGGCUGUAUACAGACAACUAUGAGCGAGAUCCAGUCGGACAGGGUCAAGCCCAGAGACGUGACCCUCAGUGAUUUCAUUCUGGCCUUGCAGUCUUGCCACCGAAUUGUCACAGCAGAUGAACUCAAACAAUUUGAAGCCUUCACCAGCCAUUUUGGACAAACAGGAUAAGUCAAUCCUGGGUUUUCCAUACACAUGUAGUUUUGGAUUUUGUAUAGAAUAGAUGUUCAUUCACCAACUUUUCCAAAUACAGAGCAUUUAGAGAGAUAAUGUCUAGUAAGCUGCAAGUGUUGAACACCAAGCGACACAUUUUUUUGGUUGGGGCUUUCUUUUAAAGAGCACCUCUAUGAAAAUAUGUUUUUUUCUGCUUUUAUCUGA